UCCCUCUCUCCGGCUCGGCCCCUGCAGCGGCGACCAGGAGCUGGUCCCAAGAGCCUGCCUGCAGCGGGCGCUCAGGGCAGCGCUCUGCGCCCGGCAAAGACAGAGGGGAGGCUGCAGCCAGCAGCCGGAGACAGGCCCGGGGCUGGUGACACAGGAAGGGGCUGCUGCAGCGCUGAGCGUUGGGUGCUGGGAGGAAGGAGGCGGGCAGCAGGCAGAACAAAGCCCCGAGACCAGACACCUGGGCGUGGAUGCUCCUAAAAUCCCAGGCGCUGCUCCCUCCAUUUUGACCCGGGAGCCCGGGCUGAGCAGCUGCUGACUCCCCGCACCCCAAUGGGGGUCUGUGCUGGGGGGAGCCCCUCAUUAACCCCUCCCUGCCCAGCCGCGGGGGACUUUCUCCAGCGGGGACCAGCCCCCCGGGCUGCAGACUGCAGGGGCCGGUGACCUUCGAGGAGGUGGCUGUGUAUUUGACGAAGGAAGAGUGGGCUCUGCUGGACCCUGCUCAGAGAGCCCUCUACAGAGACGUCAUGCAGGAGAACUAUGAGACUGUGACCUCGCUGGAGUUUCCAAUUUCCAAACCUGACGUGAUCUCCCAGCUGGAACAAGGGGAUGAGCCGUGGGUCCCAGACCUCCAGGGCUCAGAUGAACAAGAGAUCCUGCGAGGUGCCUUCACAGCAGGUGGUGGGAUGGUGAGUGAGAAUGAGGAGCAGAAUCCUCAACAGAAGGAGGCUGAGCAUGUGGACCUGCACGGGGUAUUGUUGCAAAGAUCCAAAUGGAAUGUGUCCAGGAGUCAUGAGCAGCAAAAAAGUUGUGAGAGUCAGCACAGGCCAGAGAGGCAGCAGGGAAACCCGCCAGAAGAGAAAGUGGGUAAACCCAUUAAUAGUCAGGGAACUCAUGAGGACCUCAAGGGGACCACAGGCCAGCACAGAAUCCUCACAGGAGAGAGAAAAAACACAUGCACUGAAUGUGGGAAAAUCUUCCAUAGAUGUGCAGACCUUAUUAAUCAUGAGAGAAUCCACACAGGAGAGAGACCCUAUGAAUGUAGUCAGUGUGGGAAAACCUUCACUCAAAGUUCAGCCCUUAGUAGGCAUCAGAGAAUCCAUACAGGGGACAGACCCUAUGAAUGCUGUGAAUGUGGGAAAAACUUAUCUGACAGAUCAACCCUUAUUCAGCAUCAGAGAAUCCACACAGGGGAGAGACCAUAUAAAUGCAGUGAAUGUGGGAAAAGCUUCACUGACAGGUCAGGCCAUAUUUAUCAUCAGCGAAUCCACACGGGGGAGAGACCCUAUAAAUGCUGUGAGUGUGGGAAAACCUUCAUUCAGCGCACAACCCUUGUUACACACCAGCGACUUCACACAGGAGAGAGACCCUAUGCAUGCCAUGAGUGUGGGAAAAGCUUCACCUCCAGCUCAACCCUUGUUACACAUCAAAGAAUCCAUACUGGGGAGAGACCCUAUGAAUGCUGUGAGUGCGGGAAAAGCUUCACUCAGAGCUCAGCUCUUAUUACACAUCAGAGAAUCCACAGUGGAGAGAGACCGUAUGAAUGCAGUGAGUGCGGGAAAAGCUUCACUCAGAGCUCAGCCCUUAUUACACAUCAGAGAAUCCACAGCGGAGAGAGACCCUAUGAAUGCUGUGAGUGUGGGAAAUGCUUCACUCGGAGCUCAGUCCUUCUUUAUCAUCAAAGAAUCCACAAGGGAGAAGAACACCAUAAAAACCUUGUCUAGAACCGACAAAAGAUUUUUUUAUCUUUAAUAUUUUUGCUCAUUCCCACAUAGUGAACUUUAAAGCUAUUUGCACCAUUUCCUUCACUGUGGUACCUCAGCUGCCCCAGGUGAGUUGUCUGUUUUUGCCUUCUGCAGCUCCACCUUUUGGGGUGAAUCCCAUGGUCCUUUCUGUCAACUCCAUAGUCUCCUAUGCAUCAUGGGAAUUUGUGACCCUCCUACAAGGAAUGUUCAUCACCUCCAGGUCAGGGAGAUAUACAGGUGACAUCAUCUAGCUAUAUCAAAGUAAAAUCUUCUUGGUUUCAUCUCCACUAGGAUUUUCCAUGGAGUUGGCUAGCUUGAGUUCACUAUCAUGAUGUAAAAACCUAACUAGUCUUGCAGUAAGGACAUAAUCCACGUACAGUCUCCAGGUUAUCUUCAUGUCCUGACCUAACGUCCUUUUUCUAGUCUAAAGCAAACCUGGAGGAAGGAUCAAAUUUAUACUCUUCCUUCCACUGCAAAAUGAUUGUUCGAGCCUCCGAGUUCACCCUUGGGCACAGAUUGUCUCAUUCCUAGUUGUCCACACAUUUCCCUGGGGUGUACUGAAUAAGAAUUGUUUUGGUACCCUUUUUCUCAUAUAAAAUAGAUUUAAAUAUAACAAAGAGCAGAAGCAGGAGUGGGUGGGGGAGGAAGGGAAGUGUCAUUUCAGGCUCUUGGCAGAGCCUGAAAAAGAUGGAGGGAUUCCAUGCUUCCCCAUCACUCCAGCACUCUUACCUUCUGUCUGAACUAUGUAGUGUUUAUGUUCUUCACAUUUUAGCCCUCCACUCCCAAAGUAUCAUGUGAUGCAGUGUCUUCAGCUUUCAUAGUUUCACAAACUUUAAUUCCAGAAGGGACCAUCAUGAUCAUCUUGUCUGACCUCCUGCACGUUGAAGGCCAGAGAAACCCACCCACCCUCUCCUGUAAUAGGCCCAUAACUGCUGGAAAAUUAGUUAAUCCACCUCCCUGAGAGGUGGUAGCCCUUCCCGCUGACAUAGCACUGUCUACACAGGGGAGGAAGGGGGUUAGUAUGUUGCUCAGGGGUGUGGAUUUACACCCCAAUCAACGUAGUUAUACCAAUACAGGGCUGUAGUGUAGACCAGACCUAAGUCUCCAUUUGUACGGUAGGUUCUCCAUGCCUCCAAUCAUCCUAGUAGUCCUUUGUGGUUGGGAAUUGUCCUUUGAUUUCUUUGAUCCUAAAUCAGACUCAUUAGAGGUAGAGAUGAAAGUGUCACCAACCUGGAAGGGGAAUCUGAAUGGAUUCCAAACACAAUGAGAUCAGUCAGCAUUGAAAUCCCAGUUUCCAUCUAUGGGCAAAGCUACUCCUGAGGUUUUUCCUGCUGAGUUAGGAUUGUUCGCAGGAGGAAAUUUGGGUUGUUUUCCCUAUUACAAUGAUGUAAUGACCUUUAGUAAAUAACAUGACUAAUAAUAAUGAAACUGCACUGGGUGAAGUAGGUUUGAACAGAUCAGAGGAAAACAGGAUGGGGAGAAUCUCUUGUCCUGAUUCUGAGUCAUCAGAUGUAAUGUGCUCUGAAAUUUCACUUUAUAUGAAAUUUAAAUUGUUGUAUACCUCCUUGGGAUGUGGGUUUUUCUUUCUCAGAUUUAUUUUGGGGGACUUUGAGAUAAAUGAUGAUUUGCUACAAUAGGCAGGGAUGGUGUCCUUAGCCUCUGUUUGCCACAAGCUGGGAAUGGGAGACAGGGAAUGGAUCGCUUGAUGUUUACCUAUUCUGUUCAUUCUCUCAGGGGCACCUGGCAUUGGCCACUGUUGGAAGACAGGAUAUUGGGCUAGAUGGACCUUUGCUCUGACCCAGUAUGGCUGUACUUAUAUUCUUAUGUUCUUAUUUUACUUUUUACUUUUUCCCUACCUCUCCAUGAUGAUAUAGGGAAAGUUCCAGUCACCUGGAGACCAUACUCCAAGCUACUGGACAUGCUAACAAAGAAACCGUAGCAUUUUUAAAUCUCCACUCUGAAAUGGUGAACAACAUCAGACUAGGCAAAGGAUGCAACUAUCUGAAGUAACUGCAUGUGAUCACAGUAAUAUUCAAUAGUUUAGGUCAGUAUAGUCUCAGGUGAUCUGGAGUGAGAAUUCCACAGUCAGUGACUUGAAACUAGCCAAAAUACCCAUGUAUUUGAUCCCCGAAGCAGCUGUGACCCAGGCCUUACAGGAGAUUACUUAUGAAGAUAUCUCCUGCAUAAUCAAAUAACAUGGGAGAUAUUAUUCCUAACUAUGCAGAUACAGAGGAAAUAAAGGUGGUGGGUUUUUUGAACUCACCCUUUGUAGGUGCUGUAAAUGUGUAUAAAAGUAAAUCAGUUUUGAAUGCGAGAUAGUUGCAGAAAAAUAUCUAUUUUUUAAUAGAAAUCCCACCUCUCCUAGUUUACAGAGACUCUGAGAUAAUUUAGACAUGUGCCACCAGUUUAAAGAAAUACAUUUGUCAUGUUUGGAGAUGCCAUCCUCACUAACACUGAUGAAAUAUUGCAUGGUUUGGUGAAGAAUUCUACUCCAGAGAAGUAUAAAUUUACCCCAAACAAGGCCAAGGAUUUGGCAAGAACUCAGGUAGGUAUAGCAGGUACCCGAUGGUCAGAUUUCACCCCCAAAAAGGAAGCUAUGAUGAACUAUGAUCCAGGUAAAAUUGCUUUUAGAACACCCUUCACUACUUCAGUGUCACUGAUUACAGUUCCAAAGGAUGCCAUGGAUAAAUUUGGAACUAUUGCCCUUUACCAUUUGGAUCCAAAGUGUCAUAAGCUAAAGAGAAAAACUGCUGAUACCUUCAGAGAACACUCCUUUCCUGUAGAUCCCCAUCUCUUUUCCUGGUUGGGAAGCAAGGAUUUUUGUGCUGUGCCAGUGAUUGUAUCCAUCGAGGGAAUGACUUUGUCAGCUUCCAAGUUCAGAGUGCAGCAUACACAAAUGUUGUGUUCUGUUUCUAUGGUUUGGUCUUUUGAUCUUGUUUCUUACGCAUUUGCAUCACUUCUCCACCAUCUCCUGCUACUCUGAAAGAUUAAAAAGUGUGAAAAUAGGGUACAGGUGUUUUUCCUUAUGAUGCAGACCUGCCCACCUAGUGUGAGACAUCUUCCACCAACCCUUACGGCAGGUGAUCGCCGGGUAAAUGAACUCACACAAGUUAGAGGCACCAAUGUUGGGGUGAACCACCGCUUUACUCAAGGGUUCACUGGGUGGAAAUGGGGGGUGAAAAGAAAGUAAGACCUAUAAUAGGGUUUUGCAAUCUUUGAAUAUGUUGUGUUGGCAAUGAAAAUUAAAUUAAACAUGCAGUUAAUUAUUAGUUAGAGUAAGAGACUAAUUAUGUGAUCAUUCAAAUUAUACUGGAAAUUAUCAGGGUUUUUUUUAGAAAUAUAAGAAAUGGUGGCUAAUCCUGAAAAGCUUAUUUGAUGUAAUUUACCCUCUUUGGUCUAAAGAGUUCUGAAUUAUAAUGUCAGUCUAAAGAUUGGGGUGGUGGAAUAUGUGAGAGAUGUAUAUGAGAAUAAAGACCUGGUAUAGACUUCAGUUAUUUCUAUUUCAAAUGAAAUUUAUUUUGAUAAACUUUAAAGUAUAUUUCUGUUGAGAGGAAAACUACUUAAGGAGAUAAGUUUUACUUUAACCUUUUACUCAUUGAGAUUGUGAGGGUCACUGAAUUCCCCACUUCCCUUGUUUGCAGAGGAAAGAUAUGACAUCUCUCAUGAUAUAUCCACAUUUAUUUUUAAGCUUGGUGAUGGAUGCAUGAUGCAAUGAGUAGCUUUGCUGUUAAAAAAAAUCUUCAAAUAGCUAUUUUUAUGGGUGCUGAGACUCUUUGAACCCUGUGGCCAGUCUAUGGAAACCUUUUCAAACUCGUCCUGAUUAUCUUUCAUUUUUGAUAUCUUUGGGUUUUGCACAUUCAUGCUGAAUGUGGUUUGCCACAAUACAUAUCUUGAGAAAAAGACUGGAUUAAAGGAAACUUUUCCAAACUGAUGCUAGCCCAAGAUCUGCCUCAUUCCAACCAGAUUGUCCACAUUGUUGGUAUCUGAGGCAUUCUUCACAUCUGAUUUGCCCCGAGAUCUUGGGGAGGCACCGUAAAGCAGGAUAAGCUAGAAUCGUCAACUGCAAAGAUCAAGAUAAAGGUUGAAGUCCUUCAACUUUCAGGUCAACAAGAUAUCUGAGAAAGAUUGAUCCCCUCUGGGGAGGGAAAUCAUGAUAUCAAUGACAAGCUGUGACAACAUCGAUUAGUUUCCCUGUACUUGGGAAAGUCUCCUCCUACAUAUGAGUCGACAGAGUAAGAGAGCUGGAGCGCUCAAACGCUGCUAUUUUAGUAGUUCCUUUAUUUUUUUUUCAUUCAUUUGUAUAAUCUGGGGUAUGCCCCCCACCUUUCUAUCAUCCUCGGUGUGACAGGGUGGUUCAUUGAAUACGUCUGUGUUAAUCACCUGUAAAAUCCACACUGGGAAGAUGCCAGAAGGAAUAGUUCCCCACAUCUUUUGUGUGGCAGUUGUUACAUUUCUACUGACGACAGCCUUGAUAAAGGCUGUAUCUGUGUUGGGGUGAAAAGGAGAAGGAUUUAGUCACACAACAGUGAAAUCUGAGGCGGAAGCUUUAAUUGGCUUUGAGGUUGUAGCCUAAACGUGAACAAUCAUUUGAUUUCAGUAUUGAAAUAUUCACUGGUUUCAGUGUGGCUUGAGCUAUGAGGGUGAAGUUCUCUGACUGGGGUUUAUGACUAAAUGGACAGCCUUCUCACUGGAUUACUCUUCUAAAACAGAUGAGUUGUUUAUCUGUUGUAUUAAUCUGAGGAUUAGAUUAAAUUGAUGACUUGAUUCCAAAGCAAUAUCAUUGUUCACUCCUUGAUUUACUGGUUCAACUUGAACUUGAUAACUGUGUGUUCAACCCAUAAUAAGUUGAGUUAUGUUUAUCAUAGUUUAGCCUUUGUGAUGUAUGUUUUUGAUUUUCUUUGUUUGUUAUAAUAAAAUGUC